AUGUCAUCGUUGGUAAAGGAGGACCUUAACAAGAAGCUGUUCAAAUGCCUCGGGCAGAGCUUGUAUGACUUCAUUGAAGUUGAAUGCUCAGGCCAGGACCGCUUCUACCUUUGUGCCUCAGUGACCAAAGGUGAAGAAGUACAAAUAUCUAUGGUGAAACAUUUUAGAAUAGGCCUUGAUGAGAAGUAUGAAAUCUCUGAAAAAUGGUUUCUUGAUGACCUGGAGAUGAUUGAUGGAAAAGAAGCUGAUGCUGAUAAUCCAUGGUUUGAUAUGCAUUUCAAGAAAGUCUACAGCUGGGAAGCUUACAGCUGUGCAUCUAAAUAUGCCUUUGCACGAACAUUAAAUAAACUGAAUGAGAUGUACCUCCAGAAGGACCUGAAGAUUGUGAACUUUGAUUUUACCUACAUCAACGAUGAUUCAUUCUGGUCAUCCAACAAUGGGGACUGCUUGGUUCUUAUGAGGAUCUGCUUCUAUGCGUCCAACCUUCUUUGUCUGUCUCUAUGUCCUCUGCCGAUAGGGUGA